GCCAUCUUCGCGCACUUUCCUCCGGGCAGACAUGAGCGGGGCCAAAGCCGACAAGGUCUCCGGCGGCUCCGCGGCUCCCUCGCGGGAGCGCAAGUCGGGCGGAGCGGUUCUGAAGAGACUCCGCUCCCGCCGGAGUCAAGCGGACAGCAGGCCCGUCACGGAGGAGGACUUGCGGGCACGGAGCGGACACACCACGCCGGAGGAUGUCCUCGGACUGCGGGUGGCGACACGAGGCUACAUGUGUAAACCCCAGGACAACAUCUACAACAUCGACUUUGUGCGCUUCAAGAUCCGAGACCUGGACUCGGGAACUGUUCUGUUUGAGAUCGCCAAACCCCCGCAUUCAGAGGAAGACGAGGAAAACCGAGCGUCAGACGCCAUCGCCGGCCGUUUCGUGCGCUACCAAUUCACCCCUGCGUUCCUCCGCCUGAGGACGGUGGGAGCCACGGUGGAGUUCACCGUCGGCAACCGGCCCCUGAACAACUUCCGAAUGAUCGAGCGCCACUACUUCCGGGAUCGCCUCCUGAAGACCUUCGACUUUGACUUUGGCUUCUGCAUCCCAAACAGCCGAAAUAGCUGCGAACACAUCUACGAGUUCCCUCAGCUGUCCGAGGGCUUAGUGCGUCAGAUGGUGGAGUGUCCUUACGAGACUCGCUCUGACAGCUUUUAUUUUGUGGACAACAGACUGGUCAUGCACAACAAGGCCGACUACGCUUACCACGGAGGACAGUGAUGUCUGCCUUCCACACACACACACACACACACACACACACACACACACACACACACACACACACACACACACACGCACACACACUUGUUUUUUCUACCUUCUUGAGACCUCCGAAAAAUGCUUACCUCUAGUAUUAUUUAUAAUAAAAUUCGUAAUUUUACUCAACGCGAGUCAAAAUUCUACAAGAAAAACGGAACAAUUGUGCAAAAUGAUGAUAAAAAUUGGAAUUUUACUCAAUAACAGUUGCAAUUUUACAGGAAAAGCGUCUCAUUUUGGCAAUUUCCCGAAAAGAGUCGUAACCUUACUCGACAAAAGUCACAAUUUUAUGAGAAAACUUUAACAUUUUGGCAAUAUUAUAGUAACAAUCUAAAUUUUGCUUAAAAUAUUUCAGUAGUUUACAAGAACACAAAAAUUGGCAAUAUUGUGAUAAAAGUCAGAAUUUUAUAUGACAAAUGUCACCAUCUAGCAUUAAAAAAUUACAAUUUUACAUGAAAAAGUGAUAAUUUCACGAGGAAAUACUGCUAUAUUACAGAAAAAGAAAUAUAAUUGUUCCCAAUUUUAUUAGAAAAAAGUCAAAAAAGACUGCUUUUAGUUAUUUUCAAUUUUUUUGUUUAUAAUUGGUUUUUCAUCUUCAUUAUUUACUUUGUUAUUACAGUAUAUCUUUAAAUACAUAUUUAUUGAUUUUAAUUAAUUAUUGGCCAAAGGUGGCGCAUUUCAAUUUCUUACACACACUUGUUAUUUCAUAUGUUGACCAGAGGGGGAGCACUUUUAAAAGCGACACACAGUCAAUUUGAAGGAAAAGCGUCUCAUUUUGGCAAUUUUAUGAAAAUAGUCAUAACUUUGUUCGACAAAAGUCACAAUUUUAUGAGAAAACCUUAACAUUUUGGCAAUAUAAUGAUCAUUGGAAUUUUACUCCAACAAUGUCACAAUUUUACAAGACCAACACAAAAAUUGUGAUAAAAGUUGUAUUUGCUACCUUCUUGAGACCUACAAAGAAUGCCUACCUCUAGUAUUUUAAUAAAAGUCGUAAUUUUACUCAACGAAAGUCAAAAUUCUACAAGAAAAACGGAACAAUUAUGCAAAAUGACGAUAGAAAUUGGAAUUUUACUCAAUAACAGUCGCAAUUUUACAAGAAAAGUGCAACAUUUUAGCAAUUUUAUGAAAACUAACCUUACUUGACAAAAGUCGCAAUUUUAUGAGAAAACUCUAACAUUUUGGCAAUAUUAAAAUAUUUAUCGGAAUUUUACUCAAAAAAAUGUCACUAUUUCAUAGAAACAACGCAAAAAUUGGCAAUAUUGUGAC